AGCAGGCAGAAACGUUGUUAAUCAAAUAAGCAACGAAGAUAAAACAUAAACAAACAUUAAUGUGAAUUGAAAUCACCGAUUGUUCUAAGAAACUCGCCCACAGAGAAUUGUUGACUUGAAAUGGGCAAGAUUGGACUUCAAUUCAAAGCCGUAUUAGAAAACGUAACCGAUCUUCAAGCUUUUGGUGAAGAUUUUCGCUGGUAUUUGAAACUGAAAUGUCUUAACUGUGGGGAAGAGCCGGAAAAGUGGCAGUAUGUAGCUCUUACUGAAAAAUUCCCGUUAAAAGGAGGUCGUGGAGAAGCCAAUUUUGUGAGUAAAUGUAAACUUUGUGCACGGGAAAAUUCAGUUGAAAUUCUACUGGAUACAAUUAAGAAGUACACAAUUGAUGAUUCCGAAUCAUUUAAAACUAUAGUUGUUUUUGAUUGUCGAGGAUUAGAGCCUACAGAUUUCUCUCCAAGAGUUGGUUUUCAAGCGAUUGGAGAAAAUUCCAAUGCAUUAUUUGAUGACAUUAAUUUAGAAGAGAAAGAAUGGGUUGAUUAUGAUGAAAAAGCAAAUCUCUCUGUAUCCAUUGCUGAGGUGGAACAUAAAUUUGUAAAAGUGUAAGCGAAUCUAAGUGCCAUGUUAUAAAAAUUCAAAAUAAAUCGCUCAAGCAAUA